AUGAAAUCACUCGGAAAGAAUGACAAUGCGCAUGGCGAAGGCGUUACCUACCGACUUAAACAACGGAGAAUAAGAUGUCUUGAUAUGAUUACGAUGUGGGAAUUCAGCAAAUCUCAGAAGUCCAUACAUGAAUGGAAGCGCAGUAAUGCGGCAGUGUUGAGCAGUCAUCUAUGCGAAUGUCGAUUCAAUGUUGUGGAUAAAUUUGACCGUAAUCGAGCCGCAUUAUUAUCGCCCGAAAAGCAAGACUUCUCGACAACUGUACGUCGUCUUGGUGAAAGAAAUCAGUGCCGUACUCAUCAAAUCUUACAGUCUAUUAACCACUAA